CAGGUGGUUCCGGAAGGGUUUCUCGAUGGAGAUGGCGUGGUGCCCGCGAAUUUGACGCUCGCCAAUUCCAGCGGAUCGUCGUGGAGCGUGGCGAUCCGCGAGGACUCGGGCGAUUUCCUGCUGGACAAGGGAUGGAGAUCUUUUUGCCUGGACAACGAGCUAUCCUUGGACGAUGUUGUGCUGAUGAAGCGCAUCCAGCCGUCCAAUGUUCUGGUGACCAUCUACGGCGGAGAUGGAUGCGAGAGAAAGAAGUCCCAGUCCUGUGACAUUGCCAAGGCAAACAAUCCUUUUGGAAGCGAAGUUAACAGUGGCAAUAAUUGUAAGCAGGAAACCAGGGAUAGAAUCACUGCUGAUGACUAUCACGAGAUAAUUGAUAAUGGCAACAUCCUCAAGAGAAGCAUGGAUCAUCCAGAAGUUCCUCUCAAGAAGCGAGCAAAGACGACAGUGGGCAGCGAGAAAUCCACAGCCAAGAAGCUCAUCAAGGUGACCCUCAGCUGCUCCAGCCGCACCGUUUCCUCCGAAUCGGCAAUCGCAGCAGCCUCUAAAUUCGAGUGCUCCAAUCCGAGCGUUCUCUUGGCGACCACAAAGAGUACACUCGAUCCAACUUACUACCUGAUUGUGCACAAGCAAUUCUCGGAGGCUUUCAUGCCCAAGGUCGAUACCGCUGUGAUGCUCGUGAAUUCCAGGGACGAGAGGUUCCCGGCGCGGUGGCUGGCUGCCAGGCACGUCGUGAGCGGUGGAUGGAGAGGCUUUGCAAGGGCUGAGAAGAUUAAAGUCGGGGAUGCGCUUGUUCUUGAGGUGGUGGACGAAUCCACUUUUAAGAUCCACGUUUUCGAGUAGAUCCACGAAAAAAUCAUUUGAUUCUCAUUAUUAUAAUACAAAGGAACAA